AUGCCGCUGGUGAAGAGGAACAUUGAGCCCCGGCAUCUGUGCCGGGGGGCCCUGCCUGAGGGGGUGACGAGUGAGCUGGAAUGUGUCACCAACAGCACGCUGGCUGCCAUCAUCAAGCAGCUGGGCAGCCUCAGUCGGCACGCUGAGGACAUCUUUGGGGAGCUGUUCAAUGAGGCCAACAGCUUCUACAUGAGGAUGAACUCGCUGCAGGAGAGGGUGGACCUGCUGGUCAUCAAGGUGACGCAGCUGGACUCCACCGUGGAGGAAGUUUCACUGCAGGACAUCAACAUGAGGAAGGCUUUCAAGAGCUCCACAGUGCAGAACCAACAGGUUGUGUCCCGCAACUCUAUCCCCAACCCGGUGAUGGAGAUGUACCAGCGCUGCGACAAGCCCCCACCGCUCAACAUCCUCACACCAUACAGGGAUGACAAGAAAGAUGGCCUCAAAUUCUACACCGACCCCUCCUAUUUCUUCAACUUGUGGAAGGAGAAGAUGCUGCAGGCAACAGAGGACAAGAGGAAGGAGAAACGCAGGCAGAAGGAGCAGCGGCUGGUGGAGGACUCCACUCGGGAGGUGAAGAAAGUGCGGAAAGCCCGCAACCGGCGCCUGGAGUGGAACAUGAUGGCAUACGAUAAAGAGUUCCGACCCGAUAACAGGUUCUCACCAUCCCCAUAUCACAUGGCAUCAUCGGAAGGAUCACUGUCCCCAGAUAAUAGAUCCUACACCUCGGAUGCUGCUGAGCACUCGUACCCGGCAAGCCCCAACCACCCGGCACAGCUGCUGGCCCCCACAGCCCACGUGCCCGCAGAGCACAAGGAGGGGGUGCUGCCGGCUGUCCCCCCUCCAGAACAUGGCUACCGACCACCAGCAAGCAGCCGGCAGAACAGCCUCAACCGCGCCCAGCAGCCCCACGCACCGCAGCCCCCCGAGGCCGUGCUGAACGGACCCAGACCGCACUUGGUCAAGGAUUUCGGACCACAGCCCGUACCGAUGACGGAGUACUUCGUGCCGCCGGCCCCGCCGCCCCCGCCGCCCGUCAUCCCCUCCGCGCAGACUGCCUUCGACAGCCCCAUGGCGGCUCCCACGGCGCUGCCUCCUGGCGCGGCCGCCCCCGCCGCCCACCCCUCCUACGCGCCCUCGCCACCCCCUGCACCGCCCGGCCCCUACUCCGCUUCCCCGCCUCAGGCCGGCCCCAUGGGGCCACCCGUGGCCCCGCCGCCACCGCCACCGGGGCCACCCGCUCUCACCACCUCUCCGGCGCACUCAGCCUCACCGCCGGCCCCCGCCGCCGAGUCCCGGAAACCGCCGAUCCCGCUGAUGCCUAUGAGCGAUGCCCGGAGCGACCUGCUCGCAGCCAUCCGCAGGGGCAUUCAACUUCGGAAAGUCCAGGAGCAGUGGGAGCAAGAGGCCAAGAAAGAGCCCGUGGGCAAUGACGUGGCGACCAUCCUGUCCCGCCGGAUCGCGGUGGAGUACAGCGAGUCAGACGACGACUCCGAGCUGGAUGAUAACGAGUGGUCGGACUGAGGGGCCGUGCCGGGGGCUCCCCUGCAGCAGGUGCGUACGGCACUUCCCCCAAACCUGGAUGCCGACAACCGCGAUCAGCCCCCGCUAAUUCAGGAGCUUUGCUUUCACACCAUGUUGAAAACCAUUCGGGCAGCGCUGGAGGCUGUGCACGGGUAGGAGGCACCUUUGAGGCAGCGAGGCCAGGAAUUAGCAGCACCUCCACGCUUAAUGAUGCUGAAAAUUCUCUGGCUGGGUGAAUAGGAGUGCUUCACAACCAGAGGCUGGCUUUGGUGGAGGAACGAAACCAGGAGGCAAGAGAGCUUUUGCAGCUAGAUGUUUAACGUGUAAUGGGGAGCUCUGGGAGGAAACCGAAGUGUUUGUGACCCUUGAGCCCAGUCCCAUCCUUGGGACAGAUUUCUGGGAGAAAAGCAUGAAGGCAAGGCUCAUGCAGCUGGCAGGGAACCGGCAUAUGUAGUGCAAUGUAUCCUGAGGGCAAGGGAUGGGGAGCAGUGUCCCAAAGCCCUGCUAUCCUUGGCCAUACUGCUGAACUAUUAUAGUAUUAUUUGGAAAAAAAAAUAGUUAGAAAAAGAAUGCUGCUCUUAGGUAAACCCAAACGACUGAAACUGAGGGUGAGGUUUGGGCUCACUCUUGAUUUGCACUUUGUAUCCCCACAAACCCCACCGGUACAGUUGAGAUCAACCCCGUCCCAGGCCACCAUCCUGGUGCUUCCCUGUCCCUUGUCCCCAAAGCACAGUGCGGGUGGGGAGUGCAGGAACGGGGCCCCCACCACUGUGCCAAAAAUACCAGUUUGCUCACCAAAAUAGAGCAUGAUUCAUAGCAGCCUUUUCAUGCAGCUAUUAAAGGAGGAUUUGCGGGAGGACAGAGCAAAUGAGUGUGAAAUACUGAAAACAUCCCAGUCAGAGGUACGGCUCUGCAGAGCUGCAAGAGGCUUCCAACCAGCAAUGUAUGGGCCAGGACCAGUGUGGGCCCAUCUGACAUGGCCAUGUGGCCCUCUCUUGUAUUCCCAUACACUGCUAGCCCCAAAUGAGGGAAAAAGCUGAGAUCCACUCAUGACAGCUCUUCUGGGGAGAAGUCAGACUUGGUGCCCACCUUCCCCAGCUGCCAGGUGGGCAUCAGAGCCAACAGCUGCACAGGGAGUAUUCUGAGAUCCUGAAAGCAAAGAGACAUGUAAAGCUGGUGGGAGGUCUGGCUGUGGCCCCAAGGGGCUCAUAAGGGCUGAUGCUUAAAUCCACCCUGAGAACUGCUGAUCUCAAAGCUUAAAUGUCCCUGAGCAUCUGCUUAUUUCCCCCUGAAGAGAAACACUUCAUGGGAGGACAUGAUGACCACAAGCCCCAGCCUAUCUGCUAAAAAUUGUCAUUAUAAGCUCUUGCUGGUGCUGAGUAACACAAAAUAGCCUCUGUCCCUCAGAUGUGACAUACCCUAUUUCUCUGCAUCCCAUUGACUCCUUCCAGUGGGAUUGGAGCCGCCCCUUUCCUCCCACUAUUGCCCCCACAAGCAUCACUGUGGUGCUGAGCAGGGUUUGGACUGGGUUCAGGAGAAGACCAUGGUGGCUGGGGUAGGAUUUCAGGUGGAAAGUGAAAUCUGUUGGUGCUGGUGGUAGUUCUGCACCCUUCUCUGCCCUGCUCUGGUCCACAGCCUCUGUGACCAGUGUUUGGUCCCCCCUCUCCUUCAAGGAAGCUCUCCUUGAUUUUAACACCAUUGAAGGAGCUGCACAGGAAGUCCUUUGGCUUUUGGCCCCAUCCCAGUGUCCCCACUGGGUGGGGAGCCACCCUUGUGCUCACAAUGGGAUUUCAUUGUCAGGAAGGCUGGGAUGUGACAUGUAACAAUUCAGAAGUAGAUCUUGUAUUAAAAAGAAAAAGAAAAAAAUCAGAGUAACAUAGAGGCAGUCACCUGUCAGCACUUAUUGCAGAACAUUGUUAACAUAGUUGCACCUGUGAUACUGUUCAUAUGUGAAAAGAAAUCGGUUAUUUGGUAAUUUAGAAAGAAUAAUGGCCUCACAUGAGAGGCUGCCAUUCCUGUCAGAGUGUUCAUGGGGCUGUGGAGUCAGCUGUGGUGCUGACUCUAUCCCCCAUCUCAGUGCAUGGAGAUGGGGGAAGGGGCUCAGAGAUACAUGGGGAUGGCUCAGCCUUUGGGUCAGUGGCUGCUCCCACGGUGGGAAGUGGGGCUGAGUGUCCCUGCAAGGUUGGGUCUCUUUUUUUCAUGCUCUGGUUGUGCACUGCCACAUGAAAGCAUGUGAUGACUCUGGUAGGACUUGCUGUGGUUGCACAUGAGGGUGAGGGUGACCCCAGCAGGCUCAUGUUCUCAUCAUCUCAUGGUGACCCCAUAGUGACUUUAGGUUGGCAGCCAUCAGCCCGUGCUGUUAUCAGGGUCGAUGCCAUUGCGUGGCAAAGCACUUGACAAUCACACACUCAACCUUGCUUACCCUGCACAUGGGUCACAUUGGCAGAGGGCCCAAGGGCCUCGUGGUGGCAGGGAGCAGGGCUUGCCCCCAUUUCCCUGCACCUUCAUGUUCCUAUGCCAUCCUCACCUGUGGUGACCCAGAACAUCCUCACCAUUGCCAAGUCACCCCCAAGAGAUUCCAGUCCCUUCCACAUCCCCAACUCCAAAGCAAGGCAGCAGGAUCAUAAGCCCCCCAGCAUUGCUGUUGCUAGAAGACAACACUCAGCUCUUCUAAGGGCUGAGUCUGCCUUGGCUGUGCUGGAGCCGUCUUGAUAGGACAGAUGGGCUGAUCCACAGGUAGCCUCCCAGUGAGGUGCUGUGUUAGAGCCCUCUGCUCAGGUUUCUUAUCUAGUCAAUAAACAAGUAACCUGUAUAGUCAGUGCAAACUGUGGGCACCUAUUUCUGGUCUGAUGGCAGUGUCCCUCACGCUCCGCAGCUCUCUCCUGGCAGCAUCACAAGGCAGAUGGGCAGCACCUGAUGGCACCAGGAGCCCCAGUAUCAUUCAGCAGCCACUGCUGCAAGGUCAGCUCUGCUGGCAGAGCGAUGUCCUCAGUGCCUUUGCUUGAGGGUCUCAGCCACCUCUGAGGAUGACCGCCUUUAUUCCAGGCAUAAGCCAAUAUUUUUUGACCUGGUCACCUCUGAAAUCCAGCACAAGCUCUUUGGUGGGUCUGGGCCAGGCUAGCGCUGCAGGAGUUGGUUGUGCCAGGCUAAUUAAUGCUGGCUGGCUGACCCAUAUGCUGCACACUCAGUAUUUUGUACAUAUGUGCCUAUUUCUGUAUACACCAAAAGUAGGCCACCCUGCAUUAUACAACCUGAAAUGCUCAAGUCCCCAUGUGGGCUGAUAUAAAAGUGAAUAUUUAAAUAUUUUAUCUAGCUUGGCAGCCAUUAAAAAUACAAUCCAGGUCACAGAUGAUUGAAUUCCUCCUGUCUCUCAAGUGUACCAAAAGUGGGUAGGGGAGAUUCCCCUGCAUAUUUAGGUAUCGUGUUCCAUGUUAAAACAUACCAGUGACAAUUCAUUGCCAACAAAUAAUCACGGAGUGCCAAACAUUUAAUGAGCCCAACCGGUCUCCUGAGGCUCCCCUUGCCAUUUUAUCUGCUUUCUCCUCCUUGCCAAUUUAUGGGCAUAGAUUAAAAAUAAUAAACAAAAUAUUGCCAGCAGGGGGAAGCACAUUCUGUGUGCAUAUGAAUGAACUAGGCUUGAGUCAUCCAAAGAGAAAAUAAGCUGGUUUGACUCUGCUCAGAGAUGUUACAGGAGGCUUAGUGCCUGAGGCCCCAUCAGGAACCUCUUGAGUACCUCCAAUUGACAUGGAAGGGGACAUUAGGAGAGCACUGUGCCCGUGGGCUGUGCAGGCUGGUCUGGCUGAUGUCUGAUGAAGGUUACGGAAGUCAGGUAGUGUUCACAAUCUGGUCUUGCACCCAGCUUCUCCUCAGUCUUGGAGGAGCCUCAGACCCAGUAGGUGAUGCUGGAAGCUUUUAGAGGAUCGGUUUCCUGAAGGAAUAAAAAGGCAUUGGGUGGCUUCUGGUUCUCCACCAUAGGCAGACACCUAGGGGGGAGUGAGCAUCACACCCUGCGAGGGCUCCUGCACUGGCAGUUAUUUCACCCCAGGAAGGCUGAGCACAGCUUCUCCAAGGAGCUCCCUACAUCCCUUCAAAUUCCCUCCUUGCAACUGUGUCAUCUGUAUCUCCUUUUCAAGACACACAGAAGCUUGGGAGACCCCCCUGGGAACAGAACCUGAAUCAACACCUUCCCUGUAAUGACCAAAGGAAGCCCCACACAGAGGGAGACAGGUUGGAGAUCCUUGUUUGGAGGGUGCUUCUUCAGAGAAGCUAAGGCCCUGAGGAUGGAGCACGGAGGGCCAUGGGAAGCUCUCCCCAUCUGCUCCCACCAUACUGCACAGGGAGCACAGACUGUCCUUCUCACCAUCCCCUGUUGUCCUGUAGUAGUUGUUGUUAUUUAGGGUUAAGAGUUUCUAGGCUGGCACAUCACUUCACAGAAAAAAAUAAAAGUAAGGACAAGGGCUCUGUCCUGAGGAGCUUACAGUUUACAGUAAAGACCAUAUGACCUGCACUGCACUUUAGAAGCCACAAAUGCUCGCUCACUCACUCACAUACCCAUGAAUUUACCCUCCCAACUGGGCAGCAACACCUCGAGGACUACUGUCCUUUUCCCCAGCUGAUCCCAUAACCAACACCACAGCCGCAUCCCCCUGCUGAUGGCAGGGCUCUCUGUCCCUCCACCAUCCUCACGCAGAAGUGCCUGAGCAAAGCAUGGGAGCCCUGAGACGUGCUGAUCUUGUCUUUGUAUGGGUGGCCAUCCCCAGGCCUCUGUUUCACCUGGGGCUGUGCCCCCCUGGGAUGACCAUGCACAUGGUAGGGAACGCACCCAGCAGUGCUGGCAUGGCUACAUGUUGGCACUUAGAGCUGCCCAUGCAAUUCAUGUGAGGCCCCCAAGCUCAUAGAUGCCCUCCUCCAGGCAUUUUUACUUAACCCUAGUCUUUAAAAUAUUUUAAUCUUUGAGAGCCAGAAGUGUUUUCCCCUUGUGUCCUUUGUGUGUGUGUGUGUCUGUGUACACGUGUGAAUCCAACCUUUUAACAAACCUCAACUUUCCUAGACUCACUCAUUCAGGCUUUACUUUCUCCGGGUGAGAAUCACACAUGGAUUUUGCUGAGAAGGGGAAGAAGUGUCAUAGGAUUCAGUAGAUGUUCAUCCCAAAGCCUUUGGUACUACACUCACAUACAAGUUAGGAGAGGCAACAGAAUGGACCCAAAGCAGGAUUCCCCUUGUUGGAGCACUGCUUGCAGAUGGGACAUGCUUAGCUGUGGCAUCCUUUGCAGGCAGCAUUGCUGUAACAUCAGUAUUAGUCUCUGUCCAUGCUGAUACAGGGUCCUGAGGCCACUGACUGCUCCAUAAUACUACGUUAUAGCAGGUUACAGAUCUUUCACCUUCCCCUUCCCAUCUCUCUCCUGCCAGAUAUCGUCUCACAGGCACCACCCUUCAGACCAGCACCCAGAGGUCCCUCUGUAGUCUUCCGCAUUUAGUGAGAAUGUGCUUAAAACUGUUGCUGGCAUCCUGUUUGCGGUUGUGAACCCAGGUGUUGGUGAAGCAAGCCCUCCCCUGCACUCCUGUCCUGUGGUGAGAAGGUCAAGGGAUUGGAGUGGUCCCAGGAACAUCCAGCUUGAUGGGAAUUCCAGCACUGAGCAUGUAAGAAGUAUUAGGAAGUCAGAGGAAACAGAAUAGAAAGAAAGCACCGUCAUCUUAACUUGGUCACGAUCCCACCACUCUGUACAAGAAUACCCUCAGGUAGACAAAACCCACUGCAAAGAAACAAAGUAAUCUAAAAAUAAACAAAUUUAAACCUCAGAAAAACAAAGCAAAGAAAAAACUUACAUGGCUGCCAAGAAAAAAAUAUAUAUAUAUGAGACCAGUGCUGCCCAUCAGCUAGCUGCCCAUCUGCCGUCACCAAACCACCUCCAAAAAUUGGUUUAUAUGAAAUUCAUAAGAGCAAAAGAAACAGCCCAGCAAACCACAGCUCAGCAAGGAGAUAGGUCUCCAUUAUGGUAGGAAGUGCUUUGAUCCCUGAAGGCCCCACCUCAGCUCAGGUGCUUCAAAUCCCACUGAUUUCACACGCUGUCAGUGCUUGCUAGUGCCUGAUGCCUCCGCUGGAAACAGUUACCUGGCAAAAGGUCACUUUCAUGGAAAAUAUAACCAUAACACUCUUGAGAUGGAAGUGAGGUGGGCUUAGAGCCCAUUAAAGUCACAGUGAUGCACACUGGGGAGCUGCUGGCUCUGUUAGGGCUGCUCUGAGGCUGGAGGAGAGGUGGUACUGCUGGUUCCCAAUUCUCAUCCCAGUAUGAGCGUUGGUUGUGGAUCCACCACCAAAGUUGAUUUGUGCUGAGGGGUUUCAGGUCUACAUCCAGCUGUGGCCAUUUUCCCACAUAGAGUCUCUCUUUGUGGUGCCUUUCACCUCAGAUUGGAGCAGAUUAGAACAAAGAAAGGAAAACUCAUACUGAAGGGAAAACUUUUGCUCUGAAAUGUUAUGUUAGGAGUGUUUUGGGGCUGGUAGCUCUCUGUUUUCCUUCACUCUGGGGUCUUGCCAAGGGUGAAGAAGAACAUCUCCUGUGUUGCUUUAGGCAGUUGCUGCAGUGUUAUCACUGACACAAGUGCCUUCUCUGGGGAUCUCCCAUGGGUUUCCACGGAGCACCCAGAGGUUGGAGCAGCAACGAUGGACAUCCAGCAAUCAGAGCGCCCAUCCCCAGCCAAGGGGAGGUCCAGGGCAUUUCUAAGCAUUUGUAAGUGUUUCUGAUGCUCAGCCUUCCCCAGGUGACCUGCCCAAGCCACGAGCUGUGCACCAGGAUUCCUCCUUCCCUGCAUGUGGGGCUUUAUCCCAGGGCAGCUUUGGCAUCAGUUUUCACUCUGAUCUUGGCCAACCCACGCUGGCAGGCACACAGGUGCACACGUUGCACCUUUAGCAGGGAACAGUCUCCAGAAGGGCACAGUGGGGCUGCAGGAAGGGCAAAACCCCAUCCUUGCUUGGCUGCGGGACGUGCUUUUGCUGGUGGGUUUGUUUCAGGUUGUAUACAGGUGGAGUCAUUCUUUUCCUCUUCUUCUUCCUCCUCUUCCUUCUUUUCCUCUUUCUCCUCCUCCUCCCAACCUGCUGGACAGGCUCAGGGCAGAGUGCCCUUGGGGAAGGAGCAGUGGCUCCUGCAAAAGGCUGGGGUUUUACUACUAGCAGACUUAUUACCCACGUUCCCUUCAGUUUUCCACUUGGUGGAAGCAGCCGACAGGAGAUAGGCACCUCUCCCUCGGGAGAGGGUCACGCAGUGCAGGGUAUAACCCAAUUUCUAUUAUUAUAUAGUUAACUUUAAAGAAGAAAGAGGUGUUUGCUGUCUAACGGGGUCUUUUAACCACGUGCACUUAGUCAGUAGGUGAGUAGAUGUUGCUGCUUGUACCUGUCUACGUCCCCAGUCGCUACGUGUGACCACGUGUAUCCCAGCGCCGGGGGCUCUGCCCGGCACCAGGAGGGAUGGGGAGAAGGAUGGAGCCCGCCAAGAGCCGGAGCACCGCUUGUGACUGAUCUGUGAAAAACGUCGUCCGACAUA